GAUUGGUCGCCAUCUUGGAAUUUUAGCUACUCGUUCCCUUGUCGAAAAUGUUUUAAUUUUUGCCGUCUUUCGUCUUUCCACUGUCUUUUUUCGUCGCCAGCAUGGAAUCUGGGGAAGAUGAUAUUUGCGAGGAAUAUAAAGAAUCACUGGAAGACUUAACAUUCAAUUCUAAACCCCUCAUAAAUGUGCUUACAAUGUUGGCGGAAGAGAACAGUCAGCAUGCAUCGAGUAUAACAAAGCUGAUCGCUAGUCGCAUUCGUCAGGUUUGUGUUGAUAUUUGUUUACUCAUUAGAAUCAUGUUAACUGUUUUUCUCUGUAGGAAUGUGUUCAUAAUAGUGGUGUAAAGUAAUGGGUACGGUAGCGAUUCAAACAUUCCUAAAAUGAUAGACAGCGUCACUUAAAAAAAACCUAUUUUAGUGGCUAUUCGUACGGAGAUCGUACAUCGACUUGUAUUUGCUAUUCACACGGGAUUCUUACUAAACUGAUUAAGGUUAAGCACUGACUCGAAACAGUUAGCUUCUAUUUAGGGUUACGGUUGUUGUUAUGUGAAUUAAAAUCAAACUCCACCUAGCAGCGAGUACUCCGUGGUAGAGUGGUUAGGCUACGGACUAUGGAUUUUAUGCCUCGGGAUCGGUUCUCAAUGUUGCCUCAUUGAAUUUUUUUCCUUUUAAAAUUUGGCACUGAACUUUUUUCCUUACAAAUUGAAAAGUGGUGAAGAGACUUACACUUUCAUGGAAAUUUGUUGACCAGAAAUUUCAUCACAGGAAAAAAUAACGGAUUCCCAUUUUUGGAUAUUUUUGGGUAUUUAAAGAAUACCCAUAAAAAUCCCAAAUUUGGCAAAGUGAGACAAGUCCCAACCAGGAAAUUCCCAACCAAGUUCCCAGAUUGGGACUUGUCUCACUCUUCCAAAUUUGGGAUUUUUGUGGGUAUUCUUUAAAUACCCUAAAAUAUCCAAAAAUGGGAAUCCGUUAUUUUUUCCUGUGUAAAUUUUCAAGAAGAGACUUAAUCCUGUAUGAAUGGCAAAUACAGGGUGGUGUAUGGGUCCCGUACGAAUAGCCAUUGGGAAAAAAAUUAAUAAGCCUUAAGCUUAAGCUUAUGGUAGCCAUUAAAGCUUAAUGAAAAAUUUUGCCCUAUAACGUCGCAAUUUUGAAAGCAAAUUGAAAAAUAAAACUAACUGUGAGGAAACAAUGCAAGAAGGUUCAAAUGGAGUAAAAGUAUGAGUGGUAUAUACAGCGGUAGUUAUUCACUGUGGCCCUCUGUGGCUUGUGAGUACUCCUUCUUGUUCAGACAAUAAUAGCUUUAAUAUACCAGCUGGGUAUAGCUCACCUUUUCUGUAAAUUUGAUCUUGUUAAUACAGUUGCUUGCGUACUCUGCAGCCUUUUAGCUGUCAGCUUGUGCUUUUUUCAUCUUUAGUGUUCACACAUGUCAAUUUGCUAUUAUAUUUUGACAGGUCCAACAGCAGUAUAAACUGCCAUCACUUUACUUGCUUGAUUCAAUUGUCAAGAAUGUUGGUGGUGACUACCUUCACCUUGUCGCUCAGAUCAUGGAGGAGACAUUCACUUGUGUAUUUGAAAAGGUUUGUAUUACAGUCAAACCCUGCUCUACAGACACCCACUUAACACGGACGCCUUAUUAUUGUGGACAGGCUGCUUUGUCCCCGUCAAAAAUCCCGCUUAUAAAUAUUGACCCUGCUUUUUUUGUGUGUUGUUCGUUAUGCUACAAGCAUAUUGUUAAGAAUAAGCAAUUGUUCAAAGUAGAAAACAGAAAAAGAAAUACAUUAGCCUUUUGCGGAAAUUGACAAUAUCUGAAUAAGAUUUUCCCUCAUUCACAAUUAUACUUAAUUUAAAUGCGCUGGGUUAUUUAGGCACAUCUUUAGUAACCAAACCUUGGAAAUUACUACCUGUUGGUUAACAGUUUACUUUUAAUAUUUCAAGCCCUGCUUCUGAAUUCAAACCUUUUAAAAUGAUAUGAGCAUCAGUAGUGUGAGGUUCAAUGAUGUAUUGUUUUGAUUUGAUUGUAAAGGCUGAUGAAAAGACUCGACGUGAUCUGUACAAGUUACGACACACUUGGUCACCAUACUUUCCUGCUAAAAUGUUGCAUGACUUAGAUGUUUCUGUUAGCAAGCAUGAUCCUGGCUGGCCUAUUUCUGCAGCACCUCCUCCAAGCCCUUCUAUACACAUAAACCCUAAAUUUCUGAAAAAGGUGAGAGCAUCAAAUUAUUUUCACUCCAAAUGGUCAUAUUUCCCAGAAUGUUAUCUGGCCACAUACGAUUUGUCUCAUUUGUUGAUUCUUGAUUCCAUUUAUUGUUUUUCCAACAACAUAAUUAUAGUAUGUACGAGUAUCUUCACAUCUUGUAGAUCAGGUCUUUACCUUAGACGAAUGGUAUCAUGACUGUAUGAAUAAUAAUGAUAAUAAUCAUUUUCAGAAUGUUUUAUGCAUUGUUAUACAGUAUAGCAGUGAACAAAAUAUUAUUUUACAGUAUAACAUUGUCACUUGUUGUGAAUUGUGUAGGCAGAGAAUGCUGGUGGGGUUGCCUCGUUGACUGCCGAAAUCUCAACACCAGAGGAACACCAUGUUGUCGAGGGUCAUCAACAACGUUUGCUAGAACUAGAGAGAUUACAACAAGAGCAGUUGAAGUUGACUGAACUUGAAAUUCAAGAACACCAAAUGAAAAGAGAUCUUUUGCUUAAGAAACAGCAACAAGAGAGGCAAUUGCUUAUGCAGCAACAACAACAGGAUAUUCUUCACCUAAGGCUCAACACAGAGGAACCUGAGUCCUUACUCUCCAAUGGGGUACCUGUGCUCUGUUUUUUUUUUUGUCAUUUUAUUUAGAUUGACAUGAUUUUAUUGAAUUCUUAACUUUUAUAUAAACAUCUUUUUAACAAUCUUUUCUAUAGUUUUUCUUUCUCCAUUGUUAGUACAGGUGUAAUUAAAAGGAAUAGAAUGAAUCUGUCUUCCUCUGAGUUACAUGUAUAUGAAUCACUUUUAGGCUAAAUAUUUUCAAGUUGUUUUUGUAAAGUAAAAUGCUGUUGUACAAAUCUAACCAGAUUAUUUUGCUGAUUUUGAACAGCCACCCAGCAGCACAGUUGGAACAGUGUUGACCAAAGGAGAAUUGGCUGAGAGUAAUCCAAUAGAUCCUCUUAGAGAUCCGCGUCUCCGUGACCGUCGGAGUGAGCAAGAGACAACAACACAACCUGUUAAAGAAAGGUUUUUGGUUGAAAAUCCAGAACUUUUACCUGUACCUGUUGACCAUAGUCAUCAGUCUGAGAGGACUUCAAGUAGACUUGAGGGAUACUCGAGUCAUCUCUCACAGGCAGACUCUGAAAUGAGUCAGUUCCAGGAAACCAGGAAUCUUCAGCACAUGGCUUUUGACAAACCUCCUGUUGGAAACAUGAAUAGAGUUCAACCAGUAGCUCAACUUGAGAGGGAGGUUACAGGAAGUCCAAAAUAUGGUGAUCUUCACUCAGAACCCAGACCCAAACACAGCCAUAGAAGGCGGAAUUCAGGAGACUGGUCAACUCAUGCUUCAGGUCAUGAGAACACUUCUGAGGAGCCAAAGAUUUUGAGUGGUAGAGGAAAAUCACGCAAAGCAAGAAGAAGAUCUGCUGAAAGAAAGGAAAAGGAAAGAGGAAAGACUGGGAGAGGAAGAGGCCAAGAUAGAAACAGGGACCCUGGUAAUGAUGGAUUUCAAAAUUUAGAAUUCCAAAAUGAGCCUAGGUUUGCAAGGAGAGGAGAAAGAAAUGAUAGACCAGUUGAUGACUGGAACAGUGACAUCGAUAGAAGAAUGGAUGACUUUGUGCCACGUAAUGAUCGUCCUCCACCCCGCGGUAAAUGGAAAAAAGAUCAUAUAGUGUAUGUCAGAGGAAAAGACCAUGAUGAAAUAUUAAAUAGUGGAGGUCCAGGCAUUUCUGAACAGAGAUUAAUGGGUGUAGGAUCUGAAAGAGAUAGGAUUGAAAAUAUCAAACCUCAGAUAAGAGAAACAGAGAUGAAUGAAGAUCAUUUUCAUCCCAGGGAACAUGUUCGCCCUGUUUUCCAUGAUGAGCCUUGGGACCAGACCACUGGUGAACCACUCCCAAAGAAACCAAGACCUCUGCUUUCAGAUGUAGAAAUAAAUGAGCUUCGAAAUAGGAAAGGGGCUUCUCCUAGUACUGGAAGGAUGACCCCUCCACCCAUCUUACAUGAAGGUUUCCAUGACCUGCCUUAUGAUAGAGGAGGUCAGCCAUUUCCUCAUAAUGUUGAUGGUCAUUUUCAUCCUAACUUUGUUCCUCCACCACCUGAAGAUCAUCGUAGCGAGCGGACUCCUGCAUUUGAAAUUCCUCGUGAACUAAUGCUGGAUCACCAAAAUGAAAUCAUGAUACAGGUACAGUUCAAGAGAUUUUUUUACAUAAGGUUAUUUUGUGCUUGGUUUUGUUCUGUUUUGAUGUGUUGUACAGAUGUAAUUCAUUAAUUAAUUUUGUUUGUUCUGAAGGAACUGAGGCACAAAUUAUGUAAAACAAAGCAAACAAUACAACCAAACUACAUUGUUGCAAGGGGAGCUUAUUUUUGGGUUCCUUUGUUUCUUUUGUUGUGACAGUUUCUGCUGAAAGACCCACAUAAACACGUUAGAUCAUAGGUGUAGCCCUGGUAUUGCAGAGGCCAAGCGUUCUAAUGCUGCCUAAGCCAAAUGUUUUCAGGUUUUUCUUUCGUAGCUGCAAAAGUUGAAUCUAUUUUAUUCGCAGCAAUAAUCAUCUGCACUUUCAUGUCAGUGGUCAUGACUCAAAAGAAAACCAAAACUAACUCUUUGAGUUUAAAUAGGAUAUUGGAUCUUCCUUGUCCAUUUAUUUGUUUCUGCCAAAGUAAUAUUCUGUGUUUUAUCUAGGUCUCCUACUGACACAAUCUUACUUCUUACAAAUAAUCUUAAACAGUAUAAAGGCAUAAAGGGCUUAAUUUUUCUUCUGCGAGAGAAAUGCCAUGCGACGCAGAUAUUAAGUGAAAAGUUCCAUUGCUAAUGUUUUACAUUCAUUAUUGUAAAAUGCCCCAGGGCUCUGCCAGAGGGAGAGUGUUUGAAUAAUUAUUAUUUACUUUCAGGCUGAUAGACGUCUACAAGCAGGUGAUAUAACAAUUGACCAGCAUCAUGAGUUAGUGGAUAAACUUCAUCAGUUAUUUGAGCUUCAGCGACAUGCUGAACAGAUGAGAUUUCCUCCAGACAUGCCUCGCCCACAGUUUGAGCAUCAACCCAGACCCAUGGUGUCACAUGGACCAGGUAAGAAUGAUAAACGUCAUUAUAGAUGUACUUUGUAUAUUUUAUAGCAGGGAAGCAAUAACAAUUGCAGAAACAAUUAUUGUUUCUGCAAUUGUUAAAAUGCUAGCUCAACAAGGAUAAGCAUCUCUAUUUUAUAGCUGUUCAAUGGACCUAAAUCACUCCAUGGGUUUCAAAUACAGUGCCUAAUAAUAUUAAUAAGAUAUUUUUGGUAAACGACCUGUAUUUUUUCAGGUGCACCUAUGGAAAUUGAUGAACCUCCAAAUCUUGGUCCUGGCAGGCCAGGGCCACCCAGGUUUGAGGAACAUCCAAGAAUUGCUCCAAGAGGCCCAGCUCCUUUAGACUCUCGUGUUCCUGGAGUAAGGCAUGAUGGCCCCAGGUUUGAAGACAAUGAGCCUCGUUUGAGAAGGCCUCGUGAGGACUUUAGAAGGCCACCUAUGGACCGUGAUCCACAUCCAGUUUCCAGGCCUAUGCCAUUGGGUCCUGAAAUGCCACCAAUCAGAUCUGACAGAAUGUUAGAAGGCCCUCCAAGAUUACGUGUAGAUGCCCCUCCGAGAUUAGAUGGUGUCCCAAAUCCUCCCUUCAUACAUGGCAGACCUAUGGAAGAUAUGCCUACUCCAAAAACACCACCAAGACACACUAAAGGUAUUUUUAGCUUUCAUGAUGACACUAAUGUGUCACAAUCUAACCUUACUGGAGCUGCCUUUGCCUUAUUAAAUGGGUGUGGAUAUAGUUAAUUGUAGUGAGUAGAGUUUUCAAGUCCGUCCUUUUGUUUUUCUUCAAAUAGCCCUUCAAUAUUUAUGUUGGCUGUAAAAAAUUGGUUCAACUUGAUAAACUUUGUCUGGCUUGGUAAUUGGAAGAGAACAGACUAUAUACCCUUGUUGCUCCUACAGGUACCGUGGUAACUGUUCAUCAGGAGGAUGCCUACAAAAGUUGAAUCUAUAUAAUUCCAUGACUGGUUUGGCUUCAUCAAAUCUUUACCGAAAAUUAGCAUAUUCACCAAAAAUGUUUGCAGAGUAUUUCAGGAGGAGCCAUCCACAAUGGAGAGAUUAAGAUUCAUGUUUACCGCAAACGGCAAACAGCAGACUCAAGUUGAGAAUUUCCCAGAAUAGAUAAUAAGCUGAUAAAAACAGUCCCAAACGAUUCUUAUGGUUAAAACUGGUGUAAAACUACUUAUUUUUGUGUAGAAGCAAUAAAGAGUAAAUAGAAAAUAAGGGGAAAACUUGGUGACGUGGUACAAGUUUAUGUCUGCCGUUUGGCAUAAACGUGAAUCUUAAUCUCUCAUAUGUGAACAAAGUUACUGACAAGGUUCAUAAUUAUUACCAAAGAUAAUAGUGCAAAUAAAUCUACCGGUAAUCCAUGACAUCAGAAUUUAAGUGUAUAUGUUGUAGUUAAUUUUUUAUCCCAGGUAAUUUUUAUUUUUCCUUUGUUUCAAUUUCAUUAGCAUACAUUACCAUACCCAAAAACAAAAGAAAAACAAAAAUUACCUGAGUUAAAAAAUUAACUACAACAUAUACACAAUUCAGAUUUACUGUAAAAGUAGAUGUCAUCAAAAUAGAUUAAGUUAUCCUUUUAUCCUUUCCUGGAAGACCCAAUUACUUUAUUGAUCGAAGCUGUUAAUUAUUACAGAUGAGGCCAUUCCUCCACAUACUCCAAACACCAUGAUGGAAAAGAGAGCAGUUGAUGACCUGUUCCGUAAGCUAAUGGAUGUGGGAAUAAUCAAAGUGACUCCUGAACCUGGCAGUGAGUCCCCAAGACACGCACCCUCACCUGGUCCCCCACAGGCCGAUGUUCCACAACCCCAGCCACCCCCUGUGAAGCCUGUUUCUGUACCUUCAGUUCUUCCUUUACUAAAUGCUAUCAUGUCCAAGAAAGAGCCUUCAGUGGUAAAUGAACCCAUUCCUGUGAUAAAGCUGGUGCCAGAUGAAUUAAAAAGGUAACAUUUAUGUGUCUGGAAACACUGGUAUGCCUGUGGCUUUGAAGAAGGCAUGAGAAUUUGUGCAGUAUCCCCAUGCAGUCCUUUGAAUUUGGUUUUGAAAAUUCUUUCAACGUGUUCUUCCAAAAUGACUAAGAUGAUCACAUGUCUUCUAGUUUUGAAAAAAAUAUCCGGUUUACAGGUUCUUGGUGUAUUGAUCCUUCUUGUUAUUGUCAGCAACAUUAUUGUUAUUUUAUUCACCAGGUAAGUUUUUUUUAAAAGACCACAUGUACUUUUUGGCUCUCUAGAGACAUGAAAUUCUUCUUCUUCUUUUUUUUUUUUAUCAUUAAACCCCUUGUUAAUUAACAGGGCCCUAGUUACACUGAGCACCAAUGGUAAGUCCUGCACUCUAAUGUUAAUGGCUUGGACAAGCACUUUAUAAGCAAGGUUGGGGAUUAGAACUGCUUACAAGUGGCUUUGACACCCAUGCAAAAAACUCACACUACAGGACGUGCUCAAAGAGUGGUCUUAAGCAGGUUUUUUGACUGACAAAAAAGAGUAAUAUGGCUUUCAGCAGCUUUUUUCUUUUCAACAGGCGCCACAAUGGUGUAAUAAACAGCCUUUACGAAGGCACACAAUGUUCUUCGUGUGGACUGCGGUUCCCUGGGGAAGCUGCUAAGAUUUAUGGUGAACACUUGGAUUGGCAUUUCAGAAAGAAUCGUAGAGAGAAAGACAGUAGAAGAGUGGCACACAGGACAUGGUACUUAAUCGUCAAUGAUUGGUUGGAUUAUGAGGAGAUUUCAGAUCCAGAAGAAAGAGGUGCUUACAUUUUGGCAUUUUCUAACACCUGUGAAAUUUGAUCGCUACUUUCAAAGGGUCGCUACUUUUGGGAGUCGUUACUUUGGGAACUUUACAGUAUUUGAGUUCAUGGUUUCAUACUUUUCCAUUGUUUUAACCUCUUGUAAGCUACAUGUACCACUUGACACAUGGUCUGAUCUUUAUGGUCACUUACAGUCUGUGUAAAAAGCUACGAAGUACUGAGUAUCCGAAGAACUUUUAGGACAACAUGAACUUCACAUUAUUGUAAAUUAGAAAUUGUAUGCGAUAAUUCUCUUCCAUAAAGUGUGUGGACCUCUUUUCGGAUGAGGGCCCUGCAGAUUGAUACUUCUAUGUAACCACAAACGUCUUUGCAUUUGGGCUGUUGCUUACAACAGCUGAGGUGUCUGUUUUUGUUUCCACAGCUCGGAGUUCAUUCUUUGAUGUUUCUACAAGGGCUGUAGACUCACCUGACCCACUGAAGGAAGCAAAAGAAGGAAUUGAAGGAGAUGGUAGCUGUCCUGUACUCUCUGGUGACACGCCGGCUGAAGCGGUAAGAGCAAACCAGUCUCUUAUAGUAGCCUUGAUAUCCUUUUUGGUUAUAUUUAUAGUGUUGUUGUUCAUUACCAAUGAGAAGCUCCCCUGUGUAGGCCAUAUCACUAACAUAUUUUUCUGCAUGUGCAGGAGUGUGAUAUCUGCUGUGAAGAGUUUGAACAGUUCUGGGAGGAGACAAAUGAAGAAUGGCACUACAAAUCUGCUGUGCGAAUUGAUGGCAAGGCAAGUGUACAGCAAUAGAGGAAAAGCAGACUUUCACUUUUACUCCCUUUCUGUACUUCCCUUGUGCUUUUGCAUCUCCUUUCAUUGUGACUUCUUGCGGCCCCGCCAAAGGAAGAGCUUGCUCACAGGCUAUGUAGUGUUGGUAAAAAAUGUCUGUCCCAGGCAUCAAGUGUAACACUGACUGGACCAAUGUGUGCAACAAAAUGGCUGGGAAAGGCAUUAUAUCAUGUAGAUCUUCAGCCCUACUCUACCCCCCACUCCCACAUCUGAAUUGUUAUGAAUUUAUUAUUUUAAUGUCCAUACUGUAACCGAGCCCCUCCCUCCCCCCUUCUCCUUCUCAUUUGACAGUUCUUCUGUUGAGGGUCUUGACUGCCUGAUGACUCGAGUUAUUUUAUUAUUUUUGUACUGAAAAUUCCAGUUGCUUUUUCAGACUUACCACUCAUUGUGUUAUCAAGAUGCUAAAGAGGUGAGGUUGAACUUUCCUGUUUUUUCUUUCCUUGUCCUUUCUAGUGUGAUAGUUCUUAGAGAUAAAAUUGUACACAUUUUCAAUUCCGUAGUACUUAAUAGAUUCAUUGCCAUUAUUUGUUAACUGUGGUGUUGGAGCAAUGUAUCUGCAAUAAGGAAAAUACCAUCUUAUGACUAACAUGUUAAUGUUUUGGUUUUCCCUUUCGCUUUGUAUUUUUUUUUCUGGUACGAUUGUGGCUUGCUUUGCUUUGCUUUGCUUUGCUUCCACGUUGUGCCAUAUAGAACCAAGCCCAUGUGGAAGAUGAUAAUGAACAAGAGGUGGAUGGUAUGGAAACGGAUGCCAACCUUUCAUCCCCAGUAAAGGACGAAGAGAAAACACAAGAAAAACAGGAGCAAAAUAUUGCGGGCAAAUCAAAAUUCACAGAAAAUAAAGAGGGGAGCGAAGGUAGCACUCUAGGAGAAAAGACUGUAGAAUCAGAUGUGAAGUCUUCAGAGAAAGAUUUGUGUAAAGUAGAGAAUACUGGGCUGGAUAUAAAGGGUAGUAUUAGUGUGUCUAAUAAUGGUGUUGAUAAUAAAGAAAAUGAAACAAAGGGUGAUGAUAAAUAGUCACUCUUUACAGAGCAGUGCCAUGAUAUUCCAACAGGACCCACUGGUUUAUACUGCCACAGAUCAAAUCUGACAAAUUACCCUGAUAAAAGAAUCCCUUUGUCGAUAAACCUGCUGUGUGUCAUCUGUCCAACACCCCUCCAGCUUACUGACUACUUGCCGUUUAGAGAACUUGCUCUAUGUGCAUCCAUUGUUCUUGAUUAUUUUGUUUGUCAGUUUUCUUUUGUAAUAACACCCACAGUAACAUGGUAACUUUUAAAUGCCACGCCCAACAUGCAGCAAUUUUUCACUCCCUCGUUGAGUUAUGGCAGUGUUAAACCUUUCCAUUCAAUAAAUUGACUGCAUUUCCAAAAAAUACAAAAACAGUUAAGAAAAAAAUAUUUUUGUUUGUCAAGGGAAACUCAAUUUUGAGCCUACAGCGCAGUUCCCAAUAGCUUAUACUAAAUGUUUUUCCUUGAAAGGCCCUUAUGGGCAGUAAAUUGCUGCCUCAAUGUACCACCCUCACAACUGAGGAAAUAAAGAUUUUCUUACAAUGGUUGAAGUCUGAUUUUAUCUUAAGUAUUGUACAUUUAGUCAUUCUGUAUUUGAAAAGUUUGGUGUUCCAGCAUUGCCAUCAGUGUUUUUCUCCAUGGCCUUGUUGUUUACAACCGAUUUGACGAAUGGCCUCUGAAGAUUCACAACCAAACUUAGAUUAAAGUAUGAAACACCUCAACUUGGUUCUCGCACUGGUGGCUGUGCUGGUUAAUGUGGAUUCUGUGAACCAUAAAGGGGAAGCAAUGUUAUUUGUUAAUUCUUUGGGUACUUUUCAAGCAGUGAAUAAAACAAUUGAACC